CAGUACUUGUUCUCAGUAUGCACUACGGUUUACGGCGCAAACCCACGCCGCACUCCGGAGCAGGCAUGUCUAAAGCCAAGCAAAAAAGAGCGAAACGCCUUGGCUUUCGUGGUAAAAAGAAGAGUCAAGAUGGUCAACAGGCAAAGUUUCAGAGUGGAAAGAAAGAUUCGGGUAUGCCCAGCGUGCAGCAUAUCAAGGCAUAUGCUCAGAGAGGAGCGGAGCUUCGGAAAAAGAGGCUCGAGGAAUUGCAGCAGAAGCAGAAAGCAUCACGGGAAAGGGAGAUGAUGAAGCGUCGGAGUCUGGACACCUUCCAGAGGGAUGUGCAGAGGCGGCAACGGGAGUUUGAGCAGAAGGAAAUGGAGAUGAAGAAUUUAGAAAAACAUGUCAGUUUUGAGACCGAGAACUCGAGGAAGGCCUAUUACAGAGAGUUUAAAAAGGUGAUCGAAGCAGCCGACGUGGUUCUGGAGGUGCUUGAUGCCCGCGAUCCCCUGGGCUGCCGGUGUCCUCAGGUGGAACAGGCCGUGGUUCAGAGCGGAACCAAUAAGAAGAUUGUUCUGGUGCUCAACAAAAUAGACCUGGUGUCCAAGGACAUUGUGGAGAAGUGGAUCAGGUACCUCCGUAAUGAGUUUCCUACGGUGGCCUUCAAAUCCAGCACCCAGCAGCAGAGCAGAAACCUGAAGCGCAGCCGCGUGCCUGUCACCCAGGCCACCUCGGAGCUCCUGAGCACCAGCGCCUGCCUGGGAGCUGACUGCCUGAUGAAGCUGCUGGGGAAUUACUGUAGAAACCAGGACGUGCAGACGGCCAUCACUGUGGGCGUGGUCGGCUUUCCUAACGUGGGGAAAAGCAGCUUGAUCAACAGCCUGAAGCGAGCGCGUGCCUGCAGCGUGGGGGCUACUCCUGGAGUCACAAAGUGUCUGCAAGAGGUUCACCUGGACAAACACAUCAAGCUGCUGGAUUGUCCGGGGAUCGUCAUGGCGACCUCGACCAGCGAUGCCGCCAUGAUCCUGCGGAACUGUGUGAAAAUCGAGCAGCUGGUGGACCCCGUGACGCCGGUGGAGGCCAUCCUGAGGCGCUGCAACAAGGCUCAGAUCAUGCAGCACUACGGCGUUUCUGACUUCCGCACGCCUCUGGAGUUCCUGGCCAUGUUGGCACGGCGACAGGGCAAAUUGAAGAAGGGGGGGCUCCCUGACCACGACAAGGCUGCCAAGAGCGUCCUGCUGGACUGGACAGGGGGCAGGAUCAGCUACUUCACACAUCCGCCGGAGACGCACACCAUGUCCACGCACGUGAGCGCCGAGAUCGUGGCAGAGAUGGGCAAGGCCUUCGACUGGGAGGAGCUGGAGAAGGGUAACCUGGAAGUGCUGGCAGGGGUGAGCGCUCCGGAAUCGCAGUCCGGCUUCUGCAUCACGACGUGUGGGAUGACACAGGGCGCUCAAGUGGAGUCCCUCACCGAUCUGGAGAUGGAGGCGGGAGAUCCCGGGGCGGCCGGGUCCGACGAGGAGGCGGAGUCCAUGGAGGAUGACAGGGAUGCUGAGUUUGGACCCAUGACAGUAGAGAUCAAACCAUCUCGGGCAAAAGGUGGGGAUGUGGUGGAGACGGAGGUCCCGCGAGCUCCGGAUCUCCUGGACAUCCUGGACGUGGACCCCCUCCAGCAGGGCCAGGCGCUGCUUGCUGCCAGAAAGAAGAGGAAGAAACGACAGAAGAGAGCCAACAAAAUCGCAGUGAAGCUGUCGGACUCCCUGACGUCCGCCAUGAACUUCACGUUCUCGGACAGCUGACGGCCCCCCGAGCCUCUUUGCUAAAUGCUUCCUUGCACAGACUCACUGAUGCUAAUAAACAUUUCACUGCUAA